AUGCCCAAACGAAACCGGCAACUUGCGCCACCGCAGUUGGACAGCGCCCGCCGCCGUCUCGCUCGUUACGUCGAUCGCAAGCAUCGGGUUGAAAUCUCCCGCUCCGCAACACCUACGCGCCCCGAGGCACUCGGAAUCACCGGGCUCCCACGCGAGGUCCUUGGCGCCAUCGCUCAACACCUAGUUGAUGCCGACUUCUCUUCCGGGGGACUUCGCUCACUGGCUCACCUGACAUCUGCUUCUCGGGCUUGGCGCGUCAUCGCUAACCCUCUGCUCUACGUGCUGGCAGCUCAAUCCGACAUACACCACUUUUCACCCUCGUAUCAAGACCCGUGGAAGGAAACCUCCUCACACAAAGAGUAG